AUGCCCCACUCCCCAACUAACAAACCAGAUCCCAAGUGGAAACAAUUUGUGUCAGCCGUUGACCGGGCCCUUGCGACUUGGGAGAGUGUUCAGGAAUGGGCUGAUUAUAUCUCAUUUUUAGGGAAAUUGCAUCGUGCGUUGAAAGGUGGUCAGGGCCAGGCGUUUGUUCAGAUCCCGUCGGCUCGGAUCGUGGCGUUUAGGCUCGCUACUUGUUUGGAUCCUGGUCUGCCUUCGGGGGUUCAUCAGAAGACUUUAGAGGUUUAUAAUUCGGUUUUUGAUAUCUUGAAUGGCCAGGAAUUGCAUUUUCAGAUCCAUUUAUGGCUGCCUGGCUUGCUGCCUCUUAUGUCGUAUGGCAGUAUCAAUGUUAAACCUCUGUUGAUAGAACUGUUUGAACGCCAUAUUCUGCCGCUUCCUUCUUUAAGGAGUAUUUUGAAGCCGCUGUUAUUGUCGUUUCUUCCGGGAAUUGAUGAUGAGACAAGUGAAUCUUUUGACGAGGUGCUGAAACUUAUUGAGGAUAUCAAGUUAAAGGUAAAUGAUGACUCGCAUUUCUGGCAGUGUCUGUUUUUGGUAAUUAUUUCUUCUAAAGAUAGACGACCGGGUGCUUUGAUUUGGGCUAAUCGUAAGUUUCCGUCAUUUGCUGCUAUAUCUCAGUCAAUUGAUGUUGACAGCUUAGUUGGAAAUAUCCCGGCUGCAUACCAGGCACUUAGUUAUGAUGCUCAGAUGGCGGUCAGUCCAGAGACUGGUCUGUUAAUGAGAGCGUUUAGUAGAGGAUUACAGGAUGAGCAUUUAUUAGUACAAAGAGGUUUUUUGGAGUUAUUAGUUAAGAAUUUGGAACUACAGUCGCCUGUUUUACAGGCCAUUGCAUCUAAAGACGACUUAAAACUGCUGGUUAUAAGUGCUUGUUCGACUGUACUUCGUAGGGAUAUGUCCCUUAAUAGACGGUUAUGGAUCUGGUUGUUAGGACCUGAACCGAUCACGACUGAUUCUCCGUCGUCAGGACCCCAUUAUUCACGAGCAGAGUAUUUCGCCAAGUUUGCACUUGAACCUUUGACAACAGGACUUCUGGAGAUGAUUGAGAGUGACCCGGAAGUUCCUGCUGAGAGAACUAGACCAUAUAAGAUUUGUUUGAGUAUUCUUGACAGAUGGGAAAUUGGUACGUCAGUAGUGCCUAAGAUUCUGUUACCUGUUAUUAAGAGUGUUCAACGGUACAGUAAUGCGAAUCGAUCGGAUGCUGAAUAUGAAGAAGUUCUUCGUAGUGCCGGUGCCUUAUUCGAUGGUGUCGAAGCUAUUAAUAUCUGGAGCGAUGUGUUGAACUUGAUCUUGUCUGGCGGUGAUGAAAAUAUGCAGCUGGUCUUGUUUAUACUCCAGGUGUUUAACAUUCGGGAUGAAGAGAUGAUUGUAAACCAUCUGCCUAUGAUCUUGCUGGCUUUGCUGUAUAAAGAAGAUCGGUCUGAUGUGUGGUUUAAAAUCACCUCUUUGAUUCUGGACGCUAUUCCUGACAGAGCAUUUCUGCCAAUUCACCAUGCUGACCAGACUGUUAAUGAUGAGUCCAAUGCAAGUCCGUUGGAGAGGAUCCAGGAAUAUUACAAGCUGACGUCAGAUGAAGCGGUUCUGCCUUUUAGUCCUGGUACUCUGUCGCUUUUACUGCUGAACAGGUUGGCUGAAUUGACCCAGUCUGAACUGGAAAAACUUCACCAGAGUCACAGUAAUCAAAUUGAUUCAGCUGUUGAUGUUUAUAUUACUGCUAACGGCCCUAGUGAAACUGGUAGUAACACUGUGGAUAGUGCUGAGACCGCAGCAACAAGUAAUAAUGAAGACGAUGCUUCUGCCAGUGCUGGCGCUGGUGAACUGGCAGCAUUGUUGUCAAGUCUUCUAGAAAAGAUUCCUGAGCAGCAAUCUUGGCGGAAUCACGGCCUAGUAAAUGCACUGAUUAAUCUUGGCCAACCAAUUAGCUACACAACUCUAUCAGGUGUGAUUACUUUAUUUAUUACUAUCUACGACUCGUUCAAUGAGGAAGAGGUUGAUGAGUUUUUAUUUUCCAUUGCCAAAGUCUUAUUUGCACAGUUGUCUACUUCCUCCAACAAGCACCAGGUAGAAAUUGUCCAAGCCAUUUGGGCUAUACAGGAGAAGCUCGAUGACCAGCGUGUCGAAAGUGCUUUGGUAACAGUCGUUUCUGAACCAGGUCAUGAUCCUCUAAUAAAAGUUCGCGUAUUUUCAAUUCUUUGGCAACAUUCUAUCAACAGAGUGAAUGCUAAAGUCAUACUUGAACGGUAUCUGUUUUUUGUGCUCGAUCUGUUGUCUGAGGAAGAUGACGGUGGUGAUAUUGCAACUCUAGUUCAUCACUGGCUAAAAUGUGUUGUAACUAGUGGAACUGCCAAACAACUCCUCGAUUUUAUCAUUAUUCAUUUACUGGAGACAAAUGAGAGUGGUGAUAUCAGAUCGGUUAUCUACUAUCUUGACACGCUAAUAAGAGUUCUCAGUUCCAACGCUGCCCUUCGCAGCACCUAUGCAAAUGAGGAACUAACGGGCAAAAAGUAUCCACUAGUGAUUUUCCACGAAAUUGAACGUAUCAUGUACCGGUCUGCCGAUUCUAAUGACCGCGAUUCUCAACAUGCUCUAAACAGUUGUUUGGAAUUACUCGACAUAACCGAGGUGAAGCAAGAGUCGCGUCUUUUAGACCACUCGAUGCUUCUUCUUAGCGUGUUAGGGUACUUUUAUGGUUCUCGUGACAUUGAGUCCCUACCUCAGGUAUCAAUCCUACGACUCUUGUCCAAAUUUCUGUUACAGCUAAAUAACGUGUCUCCUAUUUGGAAACAAAUCUACUCCAGUGAUUUGUUUGCUGCCGAGAAUACCGAUUCUGGCCGUGACGAGGUGGCAAAGAAAUCACUCCCUAAAACUCUAUUCCAGUGCCUAGUAAAUGGCCUCUCAUCAUCCAAAAAUGAGUAUGUCGUCCGAGCAUGGGCUGAUUUCCUAAAGGAUAUUUUGCCAUUAUUUGGACAAGGCGUCAUCCAAGUCAUUAUUCCUUUGGUGGAAUGCUUGUGCAAGGCAAUCAGUCAGUCUUUUGAUGAGACUCGCUCGUCUCUAUUUGAGAACAAGAGCGAUAAAAACAAGAGUAUUGAAACCGCAGUGUUCUAUCCGUAUAUGGAUGCAUUGGAACAUUUGCUGGUGACGGCCCACGAAAAGGUAGACAGUCAGGACUGGCGUGGUGUGUCUGCUAAAAACAACAACGACCCAAGUUUUUUUGGAAAUGUUAUUAGCGGCGUUUUCGCUGUAGAGUCUCCUAUCUCGCGUCCAGCAGCUGCUAAUGAUAGGUUAACUGUUCUACUCUGUUUCCAAGACGCUGUCCGAACUAGUUACAAUGUUUGGAAAUGUGCGGAACAAAGUUGCAAACCUUCUCAUGAUCCAACCGACUCUGUUGUAUUUGUGUUGUCACCAUUGAAAUCAAGAUCACGGAAGCUACUAGCAAAGUUGUACAGUUUGGAAACACUGGAGAUGCUGGAAUGCUUUAUCGAGCUAUCUCGUAGUUCCGGCGGUGAUGUAUUCAAGGUUCUUCAUGUUUUAGACGGCUCGCGACCCAAGCUAACUAUUCCAUACCUUUUCAAUGCUCUAAUCAGCAGAAUGAACUCUUCAUCUCUAGAACCUGCUGAUAAAUCGACACUUACAACUGACCUAACCGACACUGAAAUCAUGGAAUUCCUCAUCAACUACCUCAAAUCACUGGAAAAUGAUACCAUUGAAGAGGUAUGGUAUGAAUGUAUGGGUUUUGUGCGUGAGGUGUAUAAUAAUCAGAGUCUAUACAGAAUGGUUAUUCCCAGCGUUCUCCGAUUUACCGCUAAAAUGGCGGAAAAAGUUGACGCAGUUAAAUUCGGAAGUCAACGUAAAGUUCGCAAAGACCUAUCUGACUUGUUUCUCAAGCUUCUUCAUUUUGCAUUGAAUACUCGGUCUGCUGUUACUGUUGAAGCCAAUAUUACCAACGGUGAGACUGUUUCCACAGGAGCUACUGGUGCUAGCGCACCAGCACUCAGUGAAAAAGAUAUCGAUGACGGCUCUGUGGAUACUAGUGUGCCAUCAACGCCUCACAUGUCGAGCUCGACAACGUCACUCGCUCUUCAAUACAACCAGGGAACAAGUGGUAGCUCCUCAUUGAAGCAAGAAGACCUCAUAAAAGCUCUAGAACAAAUUGUCCCGUCGUUACGACUAAUUAUUAAUGACCAGGAUAAAACUCUAACAGCUAUCACCAGCAUAACCACCAAUUUGGUCACCCCAGCAUUGAGACAAAAGAACUACUCAAAUGUAUCACCUUCGCUCAUGUCGUUACUCAAAACCAUCACCCAUCUCCCGUCGACACUCAAAGCAUGGAAGGGCAUUGUAGGAGACGCAUUCCUAGACCCGCGAUUUCUGGGUAUUUCCAUGUCACAGGCUUCUGAACUGUGGCAGCCAGUAAUCUCCAAAUGGAGCCAGUUCGAUAAAGAACGAAUCAAAGACUAUGUUUCUCGUAUCAGCUCCUACGGAACCAACUCAAAUGUCCUGUUCAACUGGUCUGAUCAAGAAUCAUCCAUCCAGAGUCAAAACCUUGACAGACUGGCCUACCUCUUCAUAUGUGGCACUGGUGACGGGUUUGCUUUCAGUUUCAAGGACCUGAUGACCAAAUUCGAACUUCUCAGUGUCGGACGAAACACCCAGCAUGUCUACCUUUGUCUCCGUGCAAUAAUUUUAUCAGUUGACCCAUCCCAUCUCGCUCCAGUAUGGACAUUCCUCUACUCUCAUCUGUCUAGUACAUUCCUGGACUUUCUCGACCAGGACAAAAAUGUUGAUCUUGAAACGCUCGUGGCAGCCUGUCGUCUCCUCGAUACGACUUUAGUCCUCAAUCCUGAAGAGUUCCAGAGCUAUGAAUGGCUCUUCAUCUCAGACUCUAUGGACGCCAUUUUCCGCAAUGAAGACCGAGACCCUUCAGGUAUUGUUGACCGUAUCUCGGCUUCGAAACUGCUACCUCCGGCCCAAACUGUAAGUGGAUGGAGGGCAUAUUUGCCUCCGGCGGCUGGGGCUCCGCCCCAGACCCCAUGGCUCCUCUCGCUUCGCUCGAGUCGGUGCUGA